AUGUCCUGUUCACCAGCUAUGUCCCCAAAUAACAUGACCAUUGACAGUAUCAACGCCACUGCUUUUGCGUUGAUGUACGGAUAUCCUCUUACCCUGUACGCUCAGGUCCUGGUCCAACCGAACGUCGACACACUGUACUCUAAAGUUGCAGUUGAUCUUUCGCAUGCGGAUGUAGUACUGUCUCUCCCUGAUGUUCCUGCGAACAGAUAUUACGUCGUUCCUUUCUAUGACUUGUAUGGGAACAACUUUGCCAACCUCGGGACUAUGAUCAACAAUCCCCCGGGAGACUAUCUUAUCACGGUCGCGAGAGAUGACAAGCCAGGCCUUCUAAUGCUCGAUAAAGACAAUUAUGGAGGCUCCAAGUACAAGGGAAUCAUCAAAUCGCCCACUGAGUACGGAGGGAUCAUGCUUCGUAUCGUGCUCAGAAAACAACACAACCGACGUCGAUGA